CAAAGCCACUCACUACACCAAAAACCCUAAUCCCCCUUCGAGAGAGAAACAUCGAGCAGCCAAGCCAUGGUGUGCAUCAGGCGAGCAACGGUGGACGAUCUGCUUGCGAUGCAAGCCUGCAACCUCAUGUGCCUCCCCGAGAAUUACCAGAUGAAGUACUACCUCUACCACAUCCUCUCUUGGCCUCAGCUUCUCUACGUCGCCGAGGAUUACAACGGCCGCAUCGUCGGCUACGUCCUCGCCAAGAUGGAAGAGGAGAGCAACGAGUGCCACGGCCACAUCACUUCCCUCGCCGUUCUCCGCACUCAUCGCAAGCUCGGUCUCGCUACUAAGCUCAUGACCGCUGCUCAGGCCGCCAUGGAACAGGUUUAUGGGGCAGAGUAUGUGUCAUUGCAUGUGAGGAGGAGUAACAGAGCAGCGUUUAAUCUGUACACGGAGACGUUAGGCUAUCAGAUUAACGAUGUGGAAGCUAAGUAUUACGCUGAUGGAGAGGAUGCUUAUGACAUGAGGAAGAAUCUCAAGGGUAAGCAGAACAAUCACCAUGGCGGCAGCGGCGGCGGUCAUCAUCAUCAUCAUCACCAUGGAGGUGGAUGUUGUUCAGGUGAUGCUAAAGUUGUUGAAACAACUCAAGCAACAAGUUCCAAAUAAGACUCAAAAGCAGGUGACUGUGUGAUGAGUGUGUUUGCUCUAAUACUGCUCACUGUUUUCCAUUUAUAAUGAUUUUGUUGAGUGUUAAAUACAUUUUGGUAACCACUCUUUGUGUUGUCUUUUCUAUGUAUCAAUGUUUCAGAAGUACCAACAUUGUUUUUCCUUUUAAGGCUUUACAAACUUUAGAUAUGGAAAUCUUCUAUUUGCAAGAUAUAACAGAACUGUGUGACAAUAUAGUUUACAAAAGAAUCUUGACUUCUACAGUUUCCUUUUCAAGAACUCUGCAAAGUUCUUUUGUUCUUCAUAUUGGAAUAUCUUGAACCACUAGUUUGUUGUGAUAUGUCAAAGCUUUCCUGCAACCAUCUGAUCUGUGAGUUAAGUCCAGCAUCACGGAGAGCAUUCAAAGCUGAUGAAUAGAGCCUCGCAUCAAACUUAGUUCUUUCGGCUUUCAUGUCCUGCAACAGCCUGAUUAGCUCAUCAAUCCUGCUGGUUUUGGAGAAUACACCAACCAUGAUUCCCGCCAUGGCUCUAUCAAUCUUUCCUCUGUUCAUCCUAAACUCAUGGUAAAGCUCCACACACCUCUCAAACUCCUUUCCUCUGUUAUACCCACUGAUCAUGCUUGUGUAGCUCACUUUAUCAGGCAACACCUUCAUCCUCUUCAUCUCUUUCCAUAUCUUUUCCACCCGCCUCAAGUCCAUAGCUCUCCCAUGCAUAUCAAUCAAGGAGUUGUAGAUCCAAAUGUUGGGUCUACAUCCUCUUUGUUUCAUCUUAGCCAUUAGCUUCACCGCGUCGCUUAGCCUCCUUGUCUUCCCGUACAUAUCUAUUAUGUUUGAGUAUGCAACAACGCAUUUGUCAAAACCCUUCUUCACCAUCUCUUCAAACAGCAUCUCAGCCUUGUCGUGCUCCUCUAGCCGACAGUAUGCAUUGAUUGUUAUCGCGUAAGUCACUUGUCCAGCCUCGCAUUCUUGCUUCAUAAGCCACUCAUAAGCCUUGACUGCUUCAGCAAAGCCUCUUUGUUUACAGAAUCCAUUCACAAUCGCGCAGAAAAUGCAGUCAGUGACCUUCAAGUCGCUCUUCCUCAUCACAGCCACAACCUCUAGAGUUCUCUCCAUGGCUCCUUCUCUUACGUACAUCAAUACAACCUUCAAACACAUCUCUGGAUCCUUCAACAUCUUCUUCUCUCCUGCUUCUUUGAACAGCUUCUCCACCGUUACAACCUCCCGGGCCUCAGCCAAGGCACGGAUCAAGGUAGAGUACAAUGCACUACUUUGUGGAAUGCCUUUAUCUUUCAUCUCCUCCAGAAACUCCAGAGCUUCGAGUGCUCGUCCUGAUUUAGCGAGGGACGAGCAUAAGAUUGUGUAGAUAGAGCCUGAUUCCUUGGCCAAGAAACUCAACCUCUUGCUAUUAAACUCUUGAAACAACUCCACCACCUUUUGACUAUCACCAAUCCUCUCAUGAGCCUCCAUGAUCCUGCAGUAACAGCCAGGGCUUGGCUCAACAUCCACAGAUUGUUUCAACCUAUCAAACACUUGGAUCGUGCUACUAUACAUCUGUAACUUGUUAAAGCCUUUCAUCGCUGAAUCAGAUGAAGACACGGACAGUGACUUGUCUGUUCUAAACACAUUAAGCAAGCAAUGAGUAAUCCUGAAUUUCCCCUGCCUGAUGCAGCUUCUGAUAAGUUGAGAACACGUAUGAACAUCAGGGAACGCUUUAUGUUCCCUGAGAUCCUCACAAAGCGAGACGAGCAAGUCCCAGUUCUUGGAACUCACCAAGUAGUUGAUGAGAUGCUUGGUGGUCCUCAACUCUGAGUUCUCCUUGGCUUUCUCGUAGAACUCGGAAGAAACUUUAUGGGUUUUCGGGUCGCGGAGAAACUUGGAUAAGACCCGGUUAAGGACAUCUGGAGCAGGUUCGAAAAUGGGCCACUUGUCUUGUUUCGGACCAGGUGACUUCUUUUCAUCUUCCUCGAGAACUAAAGAGCAUCGAGAGGAGCAGACGUGGGGAGUGUGAGGCUUUUGGGUAAGAAAGAAGACGGGUUUGGUCGGAGAGGUGAAGCUGUGAGGGUUUGCAUGGUGGUUCACGGUGGCUACCCACGACCUGCUCAAGAUGACCAUUUGUUUGUGUGUGUGUGGGAGGGAGAGGGAGAGAGAUCUCUCUCCU